AUGGUUUUCAGUAAAUCAUCUCCCGCAGCAGGCAUGAAGCGGUCUGCCUCUGCCCUCCAGGACGGCCCACCUGGCUGGGACGUUGCUCCACCCAUGAUGGCUUCUUCGCGCCCAUCAUUUCGUCUUCCCUAUGCUCACUACGCUCUCAUCUACCUCGAUCAUGAGGGCAAGUUGAAGGUUGACGAGUCUGCCUCCAUCAAGGAGCAGAACUCGACCGUCUUCACCCCAGAGGUCCGCCAGAAUUUCCUAGAAAUCCUCGGUGAACGAAUUGGUUACCAACAGCCUGUUCGCCGCACCUUGGAAGCAUCACCUCGUCGGGUUAGGCGCCGCAAGGGAGAUUUCCACAGCUCCUCUCCCUCUGAUGACCGUCUGCCUGAGCAGGCAUCCGAUAAUGAGGACUUUCCCUCUCAUGGAUCGUCAGAGAUGGUUCCCCUUCGCAUCGGUGACACCCAAAAGGUCCUCGGAUACUACGAGGGCGCACUCAAGCACUUCCAGCAGCUCAAUUGCCGCAUGGUUGCCAAGGCCUUUAUCAAGUUCAUCGAACCUCGCAAGCAGGUGAGGCACCCUUAUAACGGAGGUAAGCCUCCACCAGGAUCGGCUCCCGGAACAACGGGCGAUCCUGAGAAGACCAAGCCCGAAUGGUGGCCCCCGGGUGUUAUGCACAAGGAGCCCGACCACUUGAGGAAAGAGUAUCGCAUUGAGCUUCUGCUUCACAUUGUCCGCAAGCUCGGCAACCAUGGUAUUACUGCCGACAAAUUGAAGGAAGUCGCCGGCGACACCAAGCGCAGCCUGAAGCACCCUUCGCAUGUCGAAAUCAUCUAUGAGAUCCUCCGGGUGCGAAAGAUGGAGGAGCGCUUUGAGCGCGGUGAAGUUGAUGCCAACAUGGUUGUCUAUGUCAUGAACCGUGGACCUAGCCCCAAGGGUGAUGAAGAUGACGAGUCCGGCGAGGCUCCCUCUUCCGCCAUCGAAGAGCCAGAGCAUGUCGAAGAAGGGCUGUUGACGCCGGCGUCAUCGGUCGAGCAGGUAUCUGCACCGCUCGCAACACAAAUUGAUACCAUGUCAUCUCGUCAUAUCCCGGGUAGUGACCGCCAUCUCUUCUCUGUCCCAGAGCCGCUAAAUUUCGAGAGCGCUGGCCGACAAGAUCGUGCCUUCUACACCACGCCUCCCCAUUACGCGGACUCCUUCUCGUCCCAGGCCAUGCUCAGCACUCCGGUGAGUGCGGAGAUGAUCAGCCCGCACGAGACAUCUGUCUUCGACUAUCCUGCCUCCAAUCCCUUCCCAAAUUCCACGCCUGAGCUUCAGCGCACCGGCCAGUAUGAUUCGUGGACGACACCGACUUUCCGCCAGAACAUUUUCAGCCCCAUCGACUAUGGGACACCGGGCUCCGGCCAUGCACUUCCCCCACCGGCAAUGCCCUACCACAUGUCCAUGGCCUCGCCUGCCCAACUGCACGACAUGUCGUCGCAUCACGCUCAUGCUCCCAUGGACCAAAGAGCGCUGCCCUUCCGUACGGGCUCCCUAGGGCAUCCCCACGGGCUGCCGCUGUCUCAUCAGGCGUGA